CGGGACAAUCGGAGCCUCGGCCGUACGAUAAAAACCCAAAUCCCCAAUCAACGUUUUCGUCUUCCUACCUGCUUCCGCUGAUGGACUUCGCUCGAUCGCUUCCCUUCUCGGCGGUGAUCGUCAUCGCCCUCAUCUCCUUCCUCCUCAUCUCGCCUACCUCCCUCGCCUACUCCGAUCUCUUCGAGUCCUGGAUCAAGGCGCACGGCAAGCGGUACUCCUCCGAGGGGGAGAAGCUCGCCCGGUUCCGUGCCUUCCAGGACAACCUUGCCUUCGUCGACGCGCACAACGCCGAUGGGAACUCUUCUUACGAGCUCGGCCUCAACUCCUUCGCUGAUUUGCUUUCACACGAAUUCCGGGCGGCCCGACUGGGCCUCAGCGCCGGCCUUGCUGCGCCGCGGGCAAAUCGAACUAUGUUCUGGGGAUCCUACGGAAGUAUUCCUUCUUCAUUAGAUUGGAGGAAUGAUGGAGCUGUCACUUCGGUCAAGGAUCAGGGGAGCUGCGGUGAUUGUUGGGCCUUCUCAGCCACUGGUGCAAUUGAAGGAAUAAACAAGAUAGCCACUGGAUCUUUGGUCAGUCUAUCAGAACAGGAGUUAUGUGAUUGUGAUCAAAGUUACAAUAAUGGUUGCAAUGGUGGUCUCAUGGACUAUGCUUUCAAGUGGGUGAUUCAAAAUCAUGGAAUUGAUACAGAGGAUGAUUACCCUUAUCAGGCGAAGCAAACAACCUGCUUAAAGAACAAGCUAAAGCGUCGAGUUGUAACAAUAGAUGGCUACAAAGAUAUUCCUCCAAAUAAUGAAAAGCUAUUACUUCAAGCUGUUGCUCAACAACCUGUUAGUGUUGGAAUUUGUGGAAGUGAGAGAUCAUUCCAACUAUAUACAAAGGGGAUCUUUACUGGCCCUUGCUCAACUGCACUGGAUCAUGCUGUACUGAUUGUAGGAUAUGGUUCAGAAAAUGGAGUAGAUUAUUGGAUUGUGAAAAAUUCUUGGGGGAAAAGCUGGGGAAUGAAUGGAUACAUGCACAUGCUUCGGAAUAGUAAUGAUUCUUAUGGCAUGUGUGGGAUUAAUAUGCUAGCCUCCUUUCCAACAAAAACUUCUCCAAAUCCUCCUCCUGCACCACCUCCAGGUCCAACUAAGUGCAGUGCGCUAACCUAUUGCCCGGCAGGAAGCACAUGCUGUUGUAGUUGGCGGAUAUUGGGUCUCUGUCUCUCAUGGAGUUGCUGUGACCUUGAGAAUGCAGUCUGCUGCAAAGAUGACCGAUAUUGCUGCCCAUCUGAUUAUCCUAUCUGUGAUACCAGUGGCGCACAGUGUUUGAAGCGAACUGGAAAUAUAACUGCUAUAAGAGCCACUGAAAGGAAAGCCUCUUUCACUAAGUCAGGAUCAUGGAAAGAUCUGAUUGAGGCAUGGGAUGCUUAACAAGCAGGGCUUUUGCAGAUGCUCUUCUUGAAGGAUGCAUUGCACAUUGACAAGGCUGCAAAAGCAUAGCCAGACUUCCAACAAAACAUUAUGUUAUGUUUAAUGAUCAAACCUUGAGAGACGUCACAUACCGAUUCGUUGAUUGGUACUGCAAUAUACUAUUGUAUGAAUAUCAAGGUUUAAUUUUUCAUAAUAUAUGGUUGUGAGAGAAUUCCUUCUGGAGAUGCUGUACCAAAUGGAACUUCACUUGAUUGUUGUAUUAAACAUAUAAAAAACAAGUAGAGUAUAUUUUAUAUGUAAUUCUAUUUAUGUGAACAGGUACUUUCUGGUUAGUUUAAAAUAUUCAACAUUAAAAUAUCUCCUUAAAGUUAUAUUGCAUAUUAUAGAUUCAUGAUUUAUCUUCA